AAUUCAGUUUCGUUCAUUGACUUUUUUUUUUACUUACAACUCUUGCAAAAACAAGCACAACAACUCAAAUACAAACAAGCCAACCAAGCGAAACCAAACACUGACUGACAAUGGCGGCAGUUGCUGAGCCGAUGGCGAUCGACACUGCUUCGAGCGACGACAACGUUGCUGAGGCGACAUUGGCUGCUGAUGCUGCGCCUUCGACUGCUCCUCCAGCAGCAGCAGUUAGCGAGGCCGCGACUGCGCUGCCCGUGCCGCCACCCGCUGUGGCAUGCGUUGUGCAAGUCCUGAACAUUUCACCUACGGCCACCGAGGCCCAGCUGCAGCAGCUGUUUGCCAACAUUGGUCCGAUCUCGCGUUUUCGCGGCGGAGUGAGCGAUCCGUCCCUCGUCGGCGGCGCGGCUGCCCGCUCGUGCCUGGUUCGCUAUUACAAUGUCGACGAUGCUCGUGUGGCGUGUCUGCUGAACAACACCAUGCUCCUGGACCGCGCGCUGCUCGUCACGCCGGCGUCCGCAGCGAUCGCGCAGCCAGUGCUCGUCGAGCCGCUCAUGCCAGGCCCACCGCGCGCGUUACUGCCCGGCAUUGCUCCUGCAAGUGGGCUGCUGCCUGCCCCGCUGCCGGGUGCGCCGCCGUUGACGACAGCAGGUGGAGCGGCCCCUCGCCAGCCUUCCGCGUCCAUGACCGCUGCCAACGGGAACAACGCCCCUUCCGCCACCGGGGUCAUCCCAGCCUACCUGUCACCACAACACAAGGCCAGUCUGCUCACUGGAACCAACUUGCCAAUCCUGCCCCCGCUCCCCGCCGGGUUGGAUGCUGUCAAAAUGGAAGAGAUGCGGCGGACGAUGCAUGUCGGCAACAUUGCCAACCACGCCACAGAAGAGGAUAUUCGAUACUUUUUCAGCAACUUUGGCGAGAUCUCCUACAUAAAAUUGGUGACGAUUGAAGGCCAGCCAGCUCGAUUCGCCUUUAUUGAGUUCAAAGAGCUUCUUGGCGCGUAUGCCUCUCUGAUGGCUGCUUCUCAAAUUCUGCUAGAUCGUCCCAUCAAAGUUGGAUUUGCCAAGAGCGUUAUUACCAAAGUCCCAGCAGCAUUAGUGGCCAAAGCUCGAGGCGAUCCAAUGGCCGUCGAGCGACCACCAACGCCAGAGCGUGGAUCGCGAUCAAAGUCCCGCCCACGGUCCACCUCUCGAUCUCGUUCGGGUUCGCGCUCGCCUUCGCGCCGGCGGUCCCGUUCACCUCGUCGAUCCCGUUCACCUCGUCGGUCCCGUUCACCUCGUCGAUCCCGUUCACCUCGUCGGUCCCGUUCACCUCGUCGGUCGCGAUCCCCAAGCAAACGCUCGUCUCGAUCUUCGCGAUCGCGCUCCCCAUCGCGGCGCUCGUCUCACCACUCGUCGUCUCGAAGCAGCAGCCAUCGAUCCUCUUCAAGCCGCCGAUCUCCCUCCCCAAGUAGUCACCGCCAUGAUGAUCGUCACGACGACAGGCAUCGCAAGAGUUCGUCGUCAUCGUCUUCCUCACGACACCACUCGAGCCGCGACUCAAAAGAUCGCGACUCAAGCGAUCGUGAUUCCAAAGAUCGGCACUCGAAAGACCGCGAUUCCAAGGACCGCGACCGCGACCGCGACUCGAAGGACAGUCGCUCGAGCAGCAGCCGCAGGGACGACGACCGAAAGCGCCGAAGCGAUGACCGCUCAAGCUCUUCGUCCUCGAAAUCGAAAAGUUCCAGCUCCGCUACCGACGAGCAGCAACCUUCUUCUGAAGCUGAUGCUGUCCAAGAUGCUGCUGCUGCACAAUCCGAGUCCAGCGCCAUGGAGACAUCAGAGUAAUGCCAUCACUUUUCUGGAUUCACUUUUCGGAUGGAGUCUGUCUGUUCUUUGGAGUCUGUCUGUUCUUUGAAGUCAACCCAAUACGAAUAACGUACCAUCGGCAAAUAGUUUGAGCAUCAAAUCCAA